GAAGGAUGGCAGCUCGAUCGUAUAAAUUACUAUCAAGAAGGAUGGUUAGCCACCGGCAACGCCCGCGGCUUGGUGGGAGUGACUUUUACCACGUCUCAUUGUCGCACCAGAGCCGCGGAACUUCCACUCAGGGCGAAUUACAACCUCCGAGGGCACCGUAGCGAAGUGAUACUCGUCAAAUGGAACGAACCUUAUCAAAAGUUGGCCUCGUGCGACAGUUCGGGUGUAAUCUUCGUCUGGAUCAAAUACGACGGACGAUGGAGUAUAGAAUUAAUCAACGACAGAAACACACCUGUUACGCAUUUCUCCUGGUCCCACGACGGCCGCAUGGCUCUUAUAUGUUACAGGGAUGGCUUCGUGUUGGUCGGCAGCGUCGCCGGUCAAAGAUACUGGUCGUCAAUGCUCAACGACAAAGCGACGAUAACUUGCGGCAUUUGGACUCCAGACGAUCAGCAGGUCUAUUUCGGGACGACCGCGGGCCAGUUAAUCGUGAUGGACGUUCAUGGAGCUAUGGUGUCGGAGGUACAAUUAGCGGCCGGGGUUACGUCGAUGGCCUGGAGCGCCGAGAAGUUCACGAUGGAGGAGGACGAAACGUGUGACCGAUCUCAGAAAGAUGACCGGAAUUACGUGCUUGCCGUUUGCCUCGCGGACGGCAACAUCGUUAUGCUACGGUCGUUCGAUGACGUGUCGCCGAUCACGAUACGCAGCAAUCUGAAGCCGCCCUUGCACGCCGAAUGGAGCAACUCCAGGAAACUGUUGGCCAUCGCCGGAACGAAGGAGUCGUCGGACCAGGGCAGUUCGCAGGAGUACACGAAUCUCCUAAAGUUUUAUUCGGUCAACGGUACUCUCGUAUACACGACGGAAAUUCCGUACACGCAAUGCCCCGUAUCGGCAUUGACAUGGGGACACAACGACAGGCGGCUCUUCGUGGCGACCGGAGCGCGGGUCCACGCCGCAUGGGUCUCCAGAAGGGUCGGUUCGCUCCAAUUGUUGUCGAGACUGGCGGUGAGAGCGGCUCUCACGAGGGAAUCAAGUGUUCAACAUCUUCCAUUACCGCCGCGACUGAGAGCCUCGGUGGCUGCCCUUUUCGCUAACACGAUACGAUGCUCGGUGCCGGAACCAAGAGAGUUGCGACGCUUCGUGUCAAGGCCGCCGCCGGGAGGCAGCCGGUUGCAUUGCACCAUGCUCAGGCACGCCGUGGAGCCUGUGCCAUGUUACACGCUGUAUCUGGAGUACUUGGGCGGUCUCGUGCCACUCCUGAAAGGCAGACGGACCAGCAAGAUCCGGCCGGAAUUCGUGAUAUUCGAUCCGCAGAGUCAAGAGACUCUGCAGGUGUUCGACGAUAUGUCGCAGUGCCCGUCGUACAGCGACGGCUCGGACACCGAGAAAGAUACCGCGGAUUUGUGCGGAUCGCCCCGCUACAGGAAGAAGAACAGGAAGAGAAGGGAGGAGAGGACGGGCGACGAAACGACGGAACGGGAGGAAAAGCCGAACGAUCUCUCAUACGUGGAUACGUUGCCAGAGCACGCGAGGCUGGUCGAGGUAACGUCAAACAUCUGGGGCACGAAAUUCAAGUUUCACGGCCUGGCAGAUUCGGUUCCCGCUAACCUAGGUCAGGUAACAUAUCGAACGUCGUUGCUGCACCUGCAGCCCAGGCAAAUGACGCUCGUGAUGACGGAGCUCCGGGACGAUUUGCCCUCCGGUCCAGACCCGACGUUCAACCCCAAUCUAUUCUCCGAGGACGAGGAGGAGCCGUACCAGGAGGCAAGCUCGCGAGCCACCCCGGAGGCGCAGCCGCCGCCGAUCGCGCCGAUGACUCCUCGCAACGCUCGAUUGAACCACCCGAAUCGACCGAAGUCUCAAAUUUCGAAUCAGUUCCUAACAACGGAGACCUUGCCGACGUCGCUGGGAAAAAUCGAGAGCUACGAAAACGAGUACGUUCCGUACGUGGAUCUGCAGGACAUGGGUAAUCUGUACGAGAACAUCAGGAACGCCCCUACGAACACCUAUCGGACGCCGCCGAGGCACAACCCGCCGAGAUGCUGCGACGUGCCGGCCUUGCAAUCGCCGAAAAACGCGGUGGCGCCCACGCAAACGUUAAUAGCGACCUCGAACGCGGGUGCCGACUACGCCAGCAGCAUUCAGAGGAUGAAGAACGCCCUCGCGGAUCAGCAAGCGGGCAUGGCGACGAAGAAGGAACUGGAGAACAAUAAGCUCAAUCAAAUCUCGCAGGACGACAAACCGUGCCUGACGUCGGCCUGCGCGACGAACAUCAUUUCCGUGUCCAUGCAAAACGGUCAGGCCUUGAACGCGGAGGCGUCGAGCAGUCGAUACAUCUCUCAAAGCCCGGUUUUGAACGGUCUGGAGAGCAUCGAUAGCGCCUCGGCGCAAACCGUAUAUCUAAAUGGUCUAAAUAAUAUGGGGUGCACGAGCAACGUUUUAACCACGCCGCACCCCGUCAGCGGCGUCCAAACCACGAUGUCGCCGAGCGCUCAUAGUUUUGUACAUAAUAAGAAUAAUCAAAAUACCGGGUCGAGUACGGCGAGCGUCAAUACGACGUCUUCAAAUAGCUCUCAACUCGGGCAAGCCUCGAGUCUAGCUCUUAACAAGAACGGCAUACACGGAGUUGUUUCGCCGGCGUGUUCCUAUCAGUUCCCGGAGAAUAUCGAUCAGUGCUUUGGGUCGUCGUGUUCGCAGUGUUUCUCAAAGCAUAAAGACCCCAAGUGCCACGUGUGCUACGGAAAGAUAAAUCCCGGUUACGCGAACGCCGGAACUCCCGCUAACGUUAAGCUCGACGAUGAUUUGAUGAGAUUCAGCGACGAUGAGGCACGCGGCGAUAUAGAGGCGCCGGAGCAGUCACGGGGCGUUCAUAGAACUUCAACGGUCAUCAGCAUCGGUCCAAUGUGCGCGAACGACUCGAUAGUUCGAAGCUGCAGCGUCGGAUACCUGGACCUGGUGGACGCCCAAUUAGUCCCGUGCGACGUGGCCUUGCGAAUGCUGCGCAGAGACGCGCCUAACAAAAGGCUGGUGUUGGUGUCGCGGAAGGCGAAACGGCGGAAAAGGGCCAAGCCCCAGCACGACGUGAGUCAGCCGAGCUCGAAGCCGCCCAGGCUCCGCAACUGCGGCAAGUCCAAGAGUCUCGAUUCCAGCGAUAUAUUUCCGAGUAACGAACAGAUAUCCUCGCCGCCGCAAUUGCCGGAACACGUGGAGGAGGCAACGGGACUAAUCAAUUCCGAAGUUACCGAGGAUGGCGUGGCGGAGCGCAACGAAUCGACAGAAUCGCCGAAAGAUGAGACGCGUGAGAUUCCCGAUAAACGCGAGGAAAGUAACGAAAGUAACGUCGCUCGUGAAGCUCAGACUAGGGAAAAGCCAGGCCGAUUAGAGGCUGCUGCAUCUCCCGUCAAAGGAUCGAGCCCGAGUGGAUCCUUCGCUUCCUCGCUCGACGGUCUCGCCGCGAGACUUCGCGAUUUCGAGGAUAAUCAUUCUUUGCCACCGCCUUCCCCUCGACCAUCAUCAAGAUUGCCGAGGAGUUCACCUAGCAGUCCAGCACCGUCUAAGAAAGGCAAAAGACCGGCGUCGGCCUCUCCGAUUCGAAGAAGACUCUUGUCAAGUCCAUUGCUGAACAGAAGAAUGAGAAAGAGUCGCGGCGAGAGCUCGGACGAAGAAGGGCUCCUUCAAGACGAUUCAUCGACGGCGAGUUACCGGGACCUAGAAACGUUCCAGAAAGCCCAACUACGUCAGAAGCUCAAGCAGAGAGGAAUGGGAAUUUCUGGUUCCAAGCCGGAAGCGAUAAGGCGCGAUGCACAAUUGGUGAUGCACAACAAAGCGCCCAUGUGGAACGAGUCCAGUCAAGUGUAUCAGCUUGAUUUCGGCGGCAGAGUGACUCAAGAAAGCGCCAAGAAUUUUCAAAUCGAAUUCAGGGGCAGACAGGUGAUGCAAUUCGGAAGAAUAGACGGCAACGCGUAUACGUUGGAUUUCCAAUACCCGUUCAGCGCUUUGCAGGCGUUCGCCGUCGCCCUGGCGAAUGUCACGCAACGGCUUAAGUAACUGUCGCUCUCCAACACGUCUAAAUUAUACGGUGAAAAUGGAUAAGAAGCUGCAAGAUGCCUGCAUUUGAAGGCGCGGUGCAUUUAAGAGUCGGAGGAGGAAUCGGAAAAGUUCGAUCCUUAAUAGAGUAUAGGAAUGAAAGUUCGUCAGAUUUUUGGUCGUCGGAAUCGCACGAGACUUCGUUCACCAGAAUUGUCCAGUGAGAAUCGGUGAAUAUUUUUUGACGAUAAUCGGCUUGACCGACUCGCGUAAUUUUUUAAAACUGCGUGUCUACCGCGGCGGAAAGGAUCGUGUAGCCGGAAAUCGCUGGCGUUUGCUGAAGUGGGCAAAUGUGCAAUGAGCUAAUGGGAUAUACGCUAAUUCGCGAAUGCAGUUGCGAGCGAUUUGAAUUUGAGUGGAACACAAAGAUUUUGCGGCAGCUAUGUAACGUUUCGUUGAACGCUUCUUCGUCGUACCGUCCAAAAUAUUUCGUUUCCCCCAACUUCGAGCGCUCAUUUUGUAUAGUUUAUGCGACCACGUUGGAGUCUAGUGACGCUGUUAAAGGUUCACCUCGUUCAUUUUUGCGGUCCGCCGGGUGUGUAUUCGAAUUUUAUAUACAUAUAUACUAUAUAUUGACAGACUCGCACGUGCGGGCGACAGUUUCAUGUUGUUCAAUUAAAUGUUUCUUAACGCGUAUGGUGGAAAUAACGAUAAUAAUAGUAACGAUAAUGAUAAUAAUAUUAAUAAUAAUAACAAUAAUAAGAGUAACGAUAGUAACGUAACAUUUGACGUCCGGCCUGUAAUGUGGUCUUCGCCAUUAAUGAUAAACAGGACAGACUAAUCCUAAGGAGAGGGAUCGAAAGGUCAGAGCGAAAGUAUGCACGUGUAUAUGCGAGUGUACAUGCAGCGAGAUAAACGUCGCCUGUAAUACUUAAUCCUAGUCGCAUGAUCACCGUGGUGCUCACUUCGUCGGUUCCAUAUUGCGAACGCGAUCGAUAUCAGGCCUAUUAGGUAUGUACAAAGUGCUGCUACCAGCGAAAAAUACGCCACGUCAAGCUCCGAGCGACGAGAGGGGCGUCCGAAAAGGACGUAAUAUUUUAUAGACAAUGUGCAGCGGCAGAUCACAUUACUCUCUUCCUCCAUUGCUAUAUGCACCAGCAUACACAGAUCAUCGAGGGAGUAAUGCGAAAUCGCCGUAACUGAAUUUCAGAAUCGCGCAAUUCGGAGACUUAGGUUCUCUUAUCUGUUUUUCGAAUGCAAAUCCGCAGGCAGUUUAAGACUAUCUUCAAAUGCCUUUAUAUUAAUGAUAUCAAAAUAUUUGAGUAUCCAGUACAAGUAUAAGUAUCCACGUGCUCAAAUACCCACAACGUACUCGAGUACUCGAGCAUCUGCUUACUAUCCGAAAUGUAUGGAUAACUCUCGAGUACUCAGAAUACUCCGCACGUUUUUAAUUAUUCGGGCAUCCUGGUAUCUCAUUACCAAAUUAUCAGUCCCACUCUGCACCGGAGUCACGCGUCUCGAAUUCAUGCUGCAUUCGUACCUUCGUAUUCGUGACGCCUCACUCUCACGAGCGAUAUUAGAACAGCCUUUUGUAGAAUCAUUCUCGCCAGGUUAUUCGCAACUAAUCGUCGAAGUACAGAACGGUAGGUCGUACGAUUAAUACGUUUUUUCUAGUCGCCCUUACUAUUAUUCUUAACUCCCGUUCGUAAGUCACAGCAAGUAAUCGUAACGCGUCGAGGACUACUUUAAUGUAAAUGCCGCGAACGCAAAUUGCGAACUCGUGCAACAACGCAAGUGACUCGCAUUCAAUCGAGUCUAUUAAGGUGUAGACUAUUGGAAUGACACUUUCGGAAAUUGCGUGAUUUCCGAUAUUGAAUGGAGCGCUGCCGGGUCGACCGGCACGGGUUCGCGAGUUCUUCGUAUCAGUAUGAAAUGACAGCACGAAGGAUUUUGUAUUCUACUUGCAGAUCUCUCUUUCAUUGGCGAGUGCGCGAUAUACCCGCCGGGAAAAGUUUAUCUUUAUCUGAUUAGAGUUUUAUAUAUACGAAUGACGCAACAUGGAAAUAUUUUUCUCUCUCUUUCUCUCUCUAAAAAAAAAAAGAAACAGAGAAGUUAUCGAUCCUAGUAAUCCCUGAUCGGGACGAGAAACGAUCCUGCAACCGGGGAACAGAAGUUGGAACGCGCGCACGACUGGUAUUAAAUAAUUCCGAACCAUUUUCGCGCUACAUCACAUUUCGAUUUUAGCAUCUCGUUCCGCCAUCCGAUCGAACAUAUUGCGUUGCGCGAGAAUGUUGCAUCCUCAGCCGAGCAAAGCAAACUUGAGUCACGCGAGUAAUAAACGGAACAUUACGUUAUGUCAUAUCGAGGCCUCUCCGAGCGGCGUUCCUCAAAUAUGCAUGAGCAGCGGUUUUAUGCGAAUUUAAGCAAUCGCGAGUGAAGGUUAAGGUAUAUAAAUUAUCGCGUGUGCACGUUUACGAUUAUUUGAAGCGUGUAAUCGAAUUCGCAUAAAAACACGCGUGUCGCGUAAAUCUCAUCAUCAAGGUGGAUUCAGACCGAGCUGGAAAAAUUAAACGGUCCAAAAGAAAUAUUCGCGACGAGCGUAACGAGGAUUUUUUUUACGGGAUAAGACUCGGAAUAGACAUAUCCGUUAAUAUAAAUUUGGGCUUCUUCGCGGCGUCAUCCAAGUAAAUUCGUUUUCUUACACUCGUUCCCGUUCCUCGCUCAGCCUGAAUUCGCCUUACGAUAACGAGAACACUUUUCUAGUCGAAUAAUCGACGCUGUGAUUGUCUGCACGUAUAAAGCGUGACGAAAUUAUGCGCGAUUCCUUUUUUUGUAAAUCCUCGAGGGACUUUAGCGCAUCGUAAAAUCGCGCGACGCUUUCAACACCGAUAAAUAGAGUGCCUAUAUUUGCAUUUGACGCGAAACCGCCUAUUCGACGCGCAAUGAUUAACAAUUCGAGUUCCAGCGAACGAUGAUGUAACGGCCCGUAUCUCUCGUCUCGGCUCGAGAGUUCGUUGUUAUUUCCGCGCGUACUCUACGUUUAAGCCGCGCCACGUUUCCUCAAGUUACAAUAAAGAGCGAAGGGAAAAAAAGAGGAUCGGGAUUUGCGCGAAAUGGACCCAAUUUCCAAUUUCAAUUUUGUCUCGCCCACUCUCCGCGGGGCAGAUACUUAACACGUGACUGAGCUGCAAACUGUUCGGCCUAGGCUCCUCUAGCUUAAUUCAGAUACGUUGGACCCUCUUCUCCUUUUACGUUGGACGUGCUUCAUUUCUCUCUUUUAUCGAUGUAAUAAUUAAAAUUGUGCUUAAGAAAAGAAAGAUGAAGAACGUUGUCAUGUAAAUUUCACGACUGAGUAUAUCUUAAGGAGACGAUUCCAUACACACACACAUACACUGUGUCCGAUUGGGACGGGUUCUCUCGUACGAACGCGAUACAUAUUGUUAAUUCAGUUCUUGCCUUAGUGCUAACGAUAAUUCUGUAUAUGUGCAAUGUAAUUUUGUUACCGAGUACAUUAUACGAUUAUCGACUAUUUGUAAAUAAAGGAAAAAAUUACCACGCGUAAA